AUGGCGGGUAGAAAAAUGAGUUGUAUUGCGGCAAUGUCUAGUAAAAAUAGAGGCAUUGGAAAAGAUGGAAAACUACCUUGGCGUUUAAGGUUUGUUACGAAGUUUCAUUGUUUGAUAUUUUAAGUUUUCUUCGACAAUAAUUAUUGAAAUUUAUAAUAGCAAUUAAGUACAAACCGAACAUUCUAAAGAGAGCUGACCUUUUACGAGAAAAUUGCAUCACGUUUUAUUAAUAAUGUUUCCACAGGUCGGAGAUGAAGUAUUUCACAAGAAUCACAACAGAUGUAAAGCAAGAAGGUAUAAAAUGAUUCUUUUGUUUUUGAAAUAACUAAUCAAGUAUAUAAAUAGAUUGUGUACCAUCUUUGACCAUCUUUCAUUCGUAGGUCAACAAAAUGCUGUUAUAAUGGGGAGAAAAACUUGGGAAAGUAUUCCAGCCAAAUAUCUCCCACUCUCUGGAAGAUUGAAUGUUAUUCUGAGUCGAACAAUGAGGUAUUAAUGAUACUAGUAUCAUGCCUCCCCCUGCAUUGAUAAUUGUCAAAUAUUUUCGUGUUCAUUGACUGAAAAUAAUCAAUUUCUAUGAAUAAUGAUGAUAAUUUUGAAUUUGCAUGCCACUGAUUGUUGUUUGACCACUGCAUAGCUGUAAUGUGAGUCAUGGUAUGGACAUUUCCAUACCAUGACUCACAUUACAGUUUAAAUUGGUGCUGAACAGCUUAUUUUGUUUAAAUUGGUGCUGAACAGCUUAUUUUGUUUGGCACAACCAAAGCCUAGAAUAUAGAGGUUCAGAUUUGAUUUGGACCACCAUUAAGGGACCAUCAACCAAUCAGAUGUGUUUGAUAUAUUGGAUUAACCAAUCAGAUGUGUUUGAUAUAUUGGAUUAACCAAUCAGAUGCGUACUAAGUCGGUGAGAGGUAGCAGUAGUACUUAGAAGUCAAAUCUGAACCUCUACUGUUGUCUGCCGUAGAGAAAUUGUACAUUCUAGGUGUAAGUACACACUUUAUAUGUUUCGUACAAAUCAGAAAUGCUCCUCUUUGCUAUCUUGCAGUGAUGCUCCAGAGAAUGUGCUACUCUGUACAGAUUUACAGAAAGCUUUGGAAGUCUUAUCCAAUCCUCCAUAUGAUCAAAGUAUUGAGCAUGUAUACAUCACUGGUGGCUACGGUGUAUACAAGGUAACUAUAUACCUGUACUCUUUUAAAAAAGUAGUGCCACCAGAAUAAUUUUUGGGGGGGAUUUAAUAAUUUGUGAAAUAAUUCUUGGGGGUUGAUUCAUGGGCAUCCUUGCCCAUAAUAAAACUUGUGAACUGAAUGCAAAUUUACUAUAUCAAUUUCAGGAAGCAAUGAGCAUGCCAAACCUACACAGGAUAUAUCUGACUGAAGUUCACAUGGAUGUUGAAUGUGAUGCAUUUUAUCCUGAAUUUGAUAAGGAAGAUUUUAACAUUGUCAGGUUGGUAAAAGUGAACAUGCACACCCUUCUGCCAGAAAAAAAUUCAACUUAGAUAAUUAGUAUACAAAAAACAAACUUUUCGGAAAGAUGUAUCAGUGGAUACUAGGGUGGGGUGAAAUAUCAACUUGCUGCCCAGGGACAUUUUGAAAAUUUCUGAUGCUUUGGUGCUCAGUGGGUAAUAUCAAACCUAUUUAUCAAAUAUUUUUCCAAUUCUAGUGAUCCAAAUGUUCCAUCAGAAAUGCAAGAAGAAAAGGGAGUCAAGUUUCAAUAUUUUGUUUAUGAAAAGAAGAACCAGGUUUGUGAUCAAUGA